AUGGGGGGCUCCGGCGCUGCGCCUUUGGCCUUUGGGGGGCUCCUGCUGGGGAUGGGGGCGCUGGUGGUCUCUUCUUCGGAGGGGCUGGGCGUGGAGGCGCCUCCAGGUGAGCCAAGAUUCUGCAAUGGGGGGAGAAGGAAGGGGAAACUCCGCUUAGCGGGACCCCCAUCGGUGGGGCUCCUUUGAGGAUCCCUCCUAGAUGGUCUUCCAUGAUCUUAGCAGGGAGUCCGUAAGUGACUGUGGAGGCCAAUUCUGGAUCCCCACGUCCUUCCACAGGGGGGACAGAGGUUUUUUUUGGGGGGGGAGUUGAUCCCUUGAGGGUUUGCCAGGCGUGCCUUCCUCUUAGCACUUUCUCGCUUGUGUCCUGAGUUCGAGUGUCUUCAAAGCCCAUGACACCUUUGGUCAAGGCUGCUCUCCAAUUCGAGCGCUUGCAGUCCAGUGUUUCCCAGUUGUCGGUGUUCAUACUACAUUUUGUUAGAUUUGCCUUGAGAGAAUAUUUUAACCUCUUUUGCUGACCACCAGCAUUACACUUUCCGCUUUUAAGUUAGGACUAGAGUAGCUGCUUUGGAAGGCGAUAAUCAGGCGUCCGAACAACAUGGUUUAGUUCAGCGAAGUUGAUGUUGAAGAAUCCUUGCUUCCCCACGGGGGAUCUUUGCUUCUUCCAGGACACUGGGGGCAAAGGGGCAGGAGGGAAGGGGAAACACUCCCCCCACUGAAAAAGAGCAACUCAGCCUUGAAAGGAGAAAGCAUUUAAUUAUAUCCCAGCUUUCAGGAUUAAAAUCCUACCCCAGCAGCUUACAAAUAAUAUUCCAUUUAAUUUUAAUAGAACCACAAUAUUCACACAUUAAAUAGUCUUCCUGCAGGACAGCUGAUGGCAGGCAGCCCUAGGGGACUUUUUUGCGGGGGGGGGGCAGUUGAAUCUGGCCCUGAGGUCUUCUUCACCUGCUUCUCAAAAUCAUCCUCAUCAUUAUUAGUCCAUAACCAAUUAUUAAGUCUAUAAAGGACUACACAUAAGGCAUAAAUAUACCUUUCAUCUGCUCUUUCUCAAUAAUAAGAAACCCAGGCAAGUGCGUAGUCAGGAUUUUUGUUAGGGAGGGGCAGAACCUCAGUUUGCUAUGUAUUUUUAUUAAUGGGGGGCAGCUGCCCCUCCCUGUUCCCCUUGGCUACGCCCAUGGAGCAGCAGCGAAAGUGGGGCAAAUGGCUCCCUGCUCCGGGGACCCUGCACUCCCCCCCCCUCGCGGAAUGUCCCCUCUCCCCGUCCCCCCCCCGGGGUCCUCUGGGUGCUGAAAUGGGCUCCUGCGCAGACUGGCGUCGCUUCCUGCGCUCUGGCAGGGAAAGCGAAAGUGAAACCGGGUCUACCCGGUAGAGGGGGUCUCGUUGGGGGGGGGGUUUGCAGUGAAGCCCCCUUCAGCGUCUCCCACCCUCCUCGGCAUCUCGCCCCUUUCCUGGUCUUUCUCCCACCCCAACAUUUCUUCUCCCAGACGGAGGGCAAUAAAAGGGGGAGGGAGGUUUACGUUUUUGUUUUAAAGAAACUGGAGAUAAGCAUGGGCGUAGCCAUCGGAGGGCAGGGAGCAGCUGCCGCCCCCCUUAAAUAAAUUAACUAAAUAAAGCAGAUAGCUUGCUUCUGUCCCCCUCCCCAAUAAAUCCUGGCUACGCCCAUGGGGUCCAGGAUCUUGGAGGUUGUGGCUCCCUCUCCACAACGGCCUUUCACUAUCGCUCUCUCCCUUUCCUUUGGGAGGAGGUCAAAGGGGGGGGUCUCGCUGCUCAGCCUCCCCCCCCCCCCCCGGCCAUGGGAUCACGUGACAUGAGAGAGAGAAUGGGAGACAGACAGACCAUCUCUCUCCUGCCCUGCAAGGGCAACUAUCCGCUUUGGUGGGAGCUGCCCCCUUAAGGCAACCGGGAACCGGAAGUCUCCACCCCCCAAUUUCAUUCUUCCCCCCCCCCAGAGCAUUUCCUGUUCCAGCAUAAGGGCGAGUGCCACUUCUCCAACGGGACGCAGCGGAUCCACUUCCUAUCUAGGGACUUCUUCGACCGGCAGGAGCUCCUCUACUUCGACAGCGAGCGAGGGAAGUUCGUGGCUGUGGCUGAACUGGCGGAGCCCGAGGUCAAGGCAUGGAACCAGGACAAGGACUUCCUGCGGAGGAAGAAGGCCAACGUGGAUUCCUUCUGCCGGAACAACUACGAGAUCGACGCGCCCUUCGCCCAUUCCCGGCGCGGUGAGUCCAGACUCGGAGAGGGGGGGCGUCAUGGCAAACGGGCCCCCGGAAGAAACCAAAAUGGGGGUGGGGUGGGGUGUACACGUGACUUUCUCCCCUCCCGGCCCCUGUCGCUGCUGCCCCCUCCCUGGACCCCCUCCCCUCCCGCUUUUCAGAGAGGAAGAGGGGCCUUUCCUGGCGCCCCACUCCAGAGGCAGAGGCAGUGUAGCACCCUGCUUGUGGUUAACGCUUAGCUGGAAUGAAAUAUUCAACGCAGCAAUAGAGAAAUUAAAAUAAUAAUUUAUUUGUCAGACAAAUAAAUGAGAGACACAGUGGUAUAUGGAUACCAAAGCUCUGCCUACUCCAGCCCUGAUGGCCAGCACUUAUAUUUCCUCAGCCCAGCCCCCUUGCUCCUCCUUUGGCUGCCUCUGUCCAAUCAGCCUGGUUGAAAUUCCUAUUGGUUGUUUGCUAGAACCAAUCAUAAAAGAUACACCCAUUUCCUAUUCCCUUUUAUGGGAGACAAAAAGCUAUAUUUCCUUGUAUCCAUAAAUGGCAGACAAGUAGCCAUAUAUCUUACAUUUACCUCGACCAGGCACCUCAAUUACCAGAUAACCUUUGGCCCCUGUUGCCCUAUUCACCGCAAACCAGAUGGCUAAAGCAGAUGGUGCAUGGUUUCUAAUUAUAUUUUAUCUUAAAGAGAUCUUGAGUUCACCUUCUCACCCACCAUAAUAGGAAUCUAACAUAAGAAUCUAACAUUUCUUACUUUCUAAAUCCUUUGCAUAAUCACAUUUAAGCCAAUAUAUUUCAUACAUAACAUAGAUAGAUUUUUAGAAGGAAAGGCCUUUUCAAAUUAGAAGGAACUUAGUAAAUUCUCUGAAGCUUCAAAACAGUUUGGAGAGAGGCCUUUUUCCCUAACCAGCAGCUGUUUCUAAGAGCAACCUCUUCCAUUUAACCUUUAACCUUAUGGCUCGAGUCUUCUGUUAAACAAUAAAUUUCACUAUUUACCAGUUCUUAAUUGUGUUUUUACAGCUUGAUUGUAUUCUGGUCAGUGUGACCUUUUGCUCUCUGGCUCUAAUUUCCUUUUACAACCUUGAAAUACUUUUAUUUAUAGCAGUGGGGCCCCUUGAACAGCUGCCGGAGUAUUCAGCUGCUCUUCUCCCUUGCAGAGAAAAAAUAUAUUUACAAAUAUAAUUUUUUAAGCUCAAAGCAGAUUUUGAUCAGAUGCCUCAUUCCCCCCUUUCAAGCUCAAGGACCUUCAUCCCAAGUGUCCUUGAUAGCUUGACCUUCAUCAUAUUCCUGAGGUAAAGCUCUGUAUAGGGCCAUAAUAUGAGGUAAAGUUUCAUUUGAAAUCAUCUUGCUAAUUGUACUUCUAAAACAUGAAAUGAUACAUGGCACCGUACAUAAAACCAUUACUACUACCGUCAAGAAAAACAAGCAAGACAAUAGUAUCCCUUUGAGUCCCGCAACAUUAGGUAACCAAUUGGUGAGCCAUCCCAUAUCCCAUCCUUCCCAUAUUUGUACUGGGACAUGUGCUAUACUCUCCAUCUUUGUGGCCAACACACGGAUUGCCUCACCAUUAUCAGAAAUGUUAAAGCAACAGGCAUUCCCUGUCAAGUUCAAGACUCCACAUAGGCCUCCCUGCCUGGCAAGUACAUAAUCCAUUCCCAUUUUCAGCUGCAAAAUGGCGGCUCUACUUUCAUCCAACUGUUGUGCAAUAAGUCUCAAACUCUGGGCCGUUGCAUUGGUUACAAGUUCCACUACUGCUUGCAAUCGAAUUAUUCUGUUUAGAUUAUAAAUAGGAUCCCGUGCCCCUUGUAUGAGCUCAUCAGGAUUCCAGGAGGCAGGCUCAUAAUAGGCUAUAAUGCGCUCUGGUGGCCAAUCAUCAGUAUCACUCCAACUUUGGGUACUUCCUCCUGCUAUAUGAGAAAUAUCAGCAUUUCUUCGUGUACGCUUUGCCGAACUAGUGGGCAUAAUCCACAUUGGUGGUAAUACCCAUCCCAGGAAACAAGUCCCACUCCAUUUGGGAGGGAGUUGCUUGUAUGCCCAUUCUCCACAUAUCCACCACAACCAUCGGGUCUGAGGUUUUUGGUACGUGGAGUGCAUAAGGCGAAAUAUCAAAGGGGCAUAGAGUUCACAGUGCAGUAUGUUAGAUUGCCUUUUUCUGUCACAGUUAUGUUCCACACCAGUUUCCAUGCAUGAAUAAAAGGAGGUGCACAGGGCAAGGUAUUCCGAGUUCGAUAGGUAGUACCGUUUGCCCAGGUUUGACUAUUCUUAAUAUAAUCCCAAGUAUAGUGGCAAUGAGAAGAGCCUAUCAUGAUAGAAUCAGCUGCAGCUGAUAAUUUAUGUACACAGAAUUCCCCUUGCACAGGUAUAACUCGUAUUGGUUUAGUUGAGUUCCAUCCGGGGAAAUUCUGUACUUCUGUUUGGUGUGGCAUUUCGCUUACCAUACCAAUGGCAUUUAAUGGUAUCGGUAAUAAGGGCAUACCUCCCUCUGAAUCAUCUGGUCCAAGAGAGCAAACAAGGCAAUUGGUCCUAUUUGUAACAUUGGCUACCAUCUCAGCUAAGCCUACCCACAUAUUGUGGUCAUGGCGGAAUCCAUAUUUAGCAAAUUUGGUCAGAUUCAAGGACCCUUCCCCUUCCCAAGGGAUCAGGAUUAAUAAUAAAAUCAUGUUGAUGUCUAGUAUAUGCAUUUCUUCCACAGAAGAUUACCUUAUUGUGAUAACAAAAAAAAAUAUUAGGCCCAAUAUAAUAACACCAAUGACAUAAAUGUGGAACCAACAAGACCAAAAAAUAUAAACCGAGGAUCCCCAAUGAGUAAUAUCCCUGAUAAUUGUUCCACAGGGGGGGGCAGUCAAUCAAUUGUAUAAGAGAAUCUUCCUGUUCACAAUCGCUGGUUCAGACGCUCCUCAAGCUUCAGGCGUGCGCAGGUCAGCCAGCUUCCAGGUUGUGGCUGCAGCAGGCCGGUCGUCUAAUGUUGCCCGUGACCUAGCCCGUUCCCCGUAGGGCUAGAUACAGGGGUUUUGGAGAGAGUCAGUUUAAAAGGAUUAGAGGGUCACCUUUGCACGUCCAACUGCCUUCGGACUUCUUCAAACGGGAGUGAUGAAUCCAGGGGGUCACCUCAGCUACCUUCACCGCUGUUGGAGUAGAGAGCAAGACGGUGUAAGGCCCACGCCACUUAGGUGCAAGUGGAUCACGUUUCCACUCUUUCACCCAUACGCUAUCGCCAGCCUGGAACUGAUGAAUCGGCUCGGCAAUGCUGCACGGCGUGCGCUCGAGGGCCCACCUGUUAAGAGAAACAAAAACACGGGAGAGAGAUUGCACUUGUCCCUGUGUCACAUGGUCUCCUAUUUGUUUGAGGUCAGCUGGAAUAUCCUGAACAAAGGAGGGUGGCCUCCCAUACAGGAGCUCAAAAGGUGACAACUUAAGUCUUUUUGUGGGUGCACACCGAACACGAAACAGUGUUAUGGGUAACACAUCUACCCAUCCCAAUCCUGUUUCCUGGGUUAAUUUUGCCAAUUGGGUUUUCAGAGUCCGAUUCAUUCUUUCAGUUUCCCCGAACUUUGAGGCCUAUAUGCUGCAUGCAGUCUCCAUUUCACUUGUAGGACUCGACAUACUUCUUGUACUACUUGAUCAAUGAACGCUGGCCCAUUAUCACUUCCAAUGCAUCUAGGUAAUCCAAACCUCGGGAUCAAUUCAGUGAGGAGUCUCUUAGUUACCUCUCGUGCCUUUUCAGUCCUGGUGGGAAAAGCUUCAACCCAUCCGGUAAGGGUAUCUACAAACACAAGGAGGUACUUGAAUCCCUUAGAAGGGACCAGCUCUGUGAAGUCCACAAUUAGGCUUUCCAUGGGGACGUAUCCCACAUGUUGGAUUCCAGGAGGUUGUACCGGUCCCUGCCUGGGAUUGUUUUUAGCACAAAGAACACAUUUCUGUGAAAUGCAAGUUGCUAAUUGUGAUAGGUUAAUAAUAUACAACUUCCGACUGAGACUCUCUCUGGUUGCAGUACCGCCAAGGUGAGUAGAUUCAUGAUAAUUUCUUACAAUUGUGCCUGCUAGGUGAUGAGGUACAUAAAUCCUAUUGUCCGGCAGGAUCAUCCAACCGUCCUUCACAACCGCUCCUUCCUGUUCAGCCCACUUCCUCUCUUCUGGGGUAUAGUGAGGUUUAAUUUCUUCUGGAACUACCUCUGGUAUGAGGGCUGCUAUAAAUCCUCCCACAGGCUUCUGGGCUGCCUCUCGGGCUGCUUUGUCAGCAGCAUGAUUUCCUCUGGUUAUUGGAUCCCUUCCACGUCCAUGACCUUUGCAGUGCAUUACAGCAAUCUGUUCUGGAGCCCAUACUGCUUCCAACAGGAUUUCUACUUCAGGUCCAUAUUUCAAGGCCUUCCCAUGGGCUCCGAUUAGACCUCUUUCUUUCCAUAGAGCUCCAUGUGCAUGCAGGGUUAAGAAGGCAUAUUUAGAAUCAGUAUAGAUGUUUGCCUUACAUCCGGCUGCCAAUUGCAGAGCUCUAGUUAAACCUAUAAGUUCAGCCUUUUGUGCUGAGGUGCCAGCAGGCAAAGCUUCAGCUUCCACAACUUCCUCAUUGGUGACCACAGCAUAUCCUGCUCGUCUGGCACCUUCAUGCAGGUAACUGCUACCAUCAGUAUAAUAUACAACAUCUGGAUUUUUCAAUGGUUCAUCUUUCAGAUCGGGUCUACUGGAAUACACUUCAUCCAUUAUUUGGAGACAAUCAUGUGAUUCUUCAUCAUCUACCUCUGGUAGGGGCAGCAAAGUUGCUGGAUUGAGCAUAUUCACUACUCGUAGAUGAAUCCUGGGAUUUUCACACAAUAGGCCUUGGUAUCUAGCCAUCCUUGGAUUCGUUAGCCAAUAACUACCCUUAUAUUCCAUGAGUGUCAGAACAGCAUGAGGUACAUUCACAUACAUCGUCUGGCCAAAGGUAAAUUUAUCAGCUUCUUUGACAAGGCUUGCAGUGGCCGCUACUGCCCUUAGGCAUGGAGGCCAUCCUUUUGCUACUGAGUCCAAUUGUUUUGACAAAUAAGCUACUGGACGGUUCCAACUUCCUAAUCUCUGGGUCAGGACUGCUGCUGCAAUCCCAUUCUGUUCAUGUACAUACAGCUGAAAGGGUUUUCCGAAUUAGGCAGUCCAAGGGCUGGGGCCUCCAUAAGUCGUUGUUUGAUAACUAAAAGGCUUGUUGCUGCUCAGGUCCCCAUACGAAUGGGUCCUUUUCUGCACCUCGAGUGCUUUCAUGUAAGGGCUUGGCCAGACUGCUGAAAUCAGGUAUCCAUAGUCUACAAAACCCUGCUGUUCCCAGGAAUCCUCUGAGUUGUUUCCUUGUGGUAGGUUCCUUGAUAAGGCAAAUAGCUUCUUUCCUCUCUGGUCUCAAUGCUCGUUGUUGGUGUGAGAUGUCAAAGCCCAAAUAUUUGACCUUUUCUAAACAUAACUGUGCCUUUUUCUGGGAAACUCGGUAGCCAGCUUCCCAGAGCAAGUGGAGCAGUUCCUCUGUCCCUUCUUUACAGGUAUCAAAAUCCUUUGCCGCUAGUAUAAGGUCAUCUACAUAUUGCAGAACCACCUUUUUCCAGGUAUUGAGGGGUAACUUGUUAGAUCCUUCGCCAAGGCAGUGCCAAAUAAAGUUGGGGAAUUUUUGAAUCCCUGGGGCAAUCUUGUCCAGGUUAGCUGGCCUUUUGUUCCUGUCAAAGGGUCUUCCCACUGGAAGGCAAAUAUAGGUUGGCUCUGUGGUGCCAGCCGGCAACAGAAGAAUGCAUCUUUCAAGUCCAAUACAGUAAAAAAUGUUGCUUCUGGUGGGAUCAAACUCAGCAAGGUAUAUGGGUUUGGUACAUUUGGGUGCAAGGUCUCGAUAGCCUGGUUUACGAGCCUCAAGUCCUGUACUGGCCUGUAUUCAUCUGUCCCAGGCUUCCGAACAGGCAAAGGGGUGUGUUCCAUUCUGAUUGGCAGGGCUUAAGCAGACCAUAUUUUAAUAGGCGGUCCAAAUGUUUCUGGAUGCCCUCUGCUGCUCGCCGGGGUAAAGGAUAUUGCUUUACAGAUACAGGGGUAGCCAUAGGUUUUAGGGUUACUACAAUUGGAGCUAUAUUCUUAGCCAUUCCUGGUGGGCUAUUUUCGGCCCAUACUCCUGGUGGCACUUGUAGGGUUCGGAGGAGCUUGUUUAAUUCUGUAUCCAAUGUGGGUUGGACUUGCAGGGCUGACAUUAGGCGCCAUGAUUGUUCCUUAGGUACUGAGAGGGAAAUUAUUCCUGCUGCCUUUGAUGGCAGUUUCAUUUCUGGACCUCGAGGAGUGAAGGUGAUUUGGGCCUGCAAUUUGGACAGCAUAUCUCUACCUAAGAGAGGCAUUGGACACUCAGGUAUAUACAAAAACUGAUGGGUUAAAUGAUGUCCCCCAAUCUGGCAUUCUAAAGGUUGGAGGAAAGACCUCUUAGCUGACUGACCAGUGGCACUUUUAAUGACUACACUUUUGGAUGCCUUUUUCUGCAAUAGUUCUGGGAGUACUGAGUAUUCAGCGCCAGUAUCUAUCAUAAAGUCUAUUAAAUGGCUCCCUAAUUGAAUUUUGACCGUGGGCUCCUGGAAGCCUAACUUUAUGGAGUCCGGUCGUUCCUAGUCUUGGGUAAAAUCCUCCUCUGCCAGUCCAAUGAAAUUGUCUCUACUCCGUCCUUGUCCAGGUCUCUGAUAUCUUCCAUCUCGGAUCAUUCCCCGUCCCCGUCCCUGGUUUCUUGGGCCGGAGCCUGGGCCUGGGCCUGGGCGUACUUCUUCCAACCUCAGGGGUUCAGGACACUCCCGCUUCCAAUGACCCUCCUUCUUGCAAUUCGCACAUUGAUUCCUUCCCAGUGGUGGAUUCCUUCCCCGCCCUCUCCCUCCAUUUAAAGGGCGGUAGUCUUGCUUCACUGCUGUGGCUAGCAUCACCAUCUUUUCCUUCUGCCACUUCUUCUUCUCUUGUUUCUCAGCCUCAUCCCUAUUCCGAUAAACUCGGCGUGCAAUGGCCAUAAUUUGGCUCAUCAGCAUCCCUUCCCAGCCUUCUGACUUCUGAAUUUUCUUACGAAUGUCAGAAGCGCACUGAGCCACAAAAGUAGCAGUAAUCAUUCUGCUGUUUGCAGGGGCUUCAGGGUCAAAAGGAGUCCAUAUACGAUAGGCUUCCUGCAGCCUCUCUAAAAAGUCUCCCGGACUCUCAUUCGGUUUCUGUUCUACUUCUGAGACUUUAGUCAUAUUAGUGGGCUUCUGGCAUGCCCUGCGGAUACCUUGCACAAGCGUCUGGCGGUAGGUGGUAAGCCUGGCCAGGUGAAUUGCAUUGUUUGGAUCCCAAUUAGGAUCCUCCAAGGGAAAAUUGUCCUGGAGAUGACGGUCAACAUUAAGAAUAUUUCCCACUCUGGCCUGCUCACGCAAAUAUAUCUGUGCCUUUUCAAUUAUGUCUCUUCUUUCCUCAGUGGUGAACAGAGUAUUCAGGAGCUGGCGGCAAUCUGUCCAAGUAGGACUAUGAGUAUUUACUAUUGAAGUCACCAAGUCCAUCAUAGCCUGAGGUUUUCUGCGAAAGACGGGGUGUGUGUUUUCCAAUUCAUCAGAUCCGUAGUUGUGAAUGGAAUGUACUGGAGGGUCGAAGUUCGAGGUGGCCGUGGUCCGAGUUGCCCGUUAACCAGCACAGGCUCCUCAAGUGCAUCAAAUACUCUUCUGAGAGGGGCUACUACGUGACCUUUCUCUUCGCUUUGCUUUAGGGGCCUCAAAUCAUAGGGGAUAGUAUUUGUCCCAAGGCGUUCUUUUAACAGCUUUAUACGCCUGGCUGUAUUGCUUACUGACCGAUCAAAGUCUCCCUGUAACUCCUGUAAUAGUUCUCUAGGACUUGGAUGUACAGGGGUUUGGGGUGGGCAAUCAGUUGUUCCACUAAAGGAGACUGUAGAUGGAGUUCUACUGGGACUCACAGGUGGAAUAACCACUUCUGCUUGGGCUUUAUUAUAGGACUCCAAUGCCUCCUGAAGAUAUUUAUCAUAAUCUAUCAAGGAAUCAAGCUCUGUGACUCCAGCCCCAUUAUUCCUUCCACUUUCUUGCCUUGGGGUUACAACUGGUGGAGUGUUUGGAUUAGGCCCCCUCGAUGUGGAGCAUAGGGUGGAGGUGGAAGCACCUCUUCCUCUGGUCCCUCAAAAAUGGGUUUGAGUUUAUUUGGCAAGAUUCCUUUCCUAGCUUCGGCUUUUACAGCCAAUAAUUUGCAUUGUUGGACUUUGCAUUCCCUUAUCCAUGGAGGAUUAUUAUUUAAUGUGCUCAGCCAAGAAUCUAUAUAUGAAAAUUGUUCUGGGCACCCUCCAGUUUCUUUGGUGAUGUUAGACCAAAGUUUGCUUGCUAAAUUUAUAUCAAAACUUCCCUGAGGUGGCCAUCCAGUAUUUUGUUUUGGCCAGUCUAAUUCACAUAACGUUCUCAAGCGCUCUGGCGUCAUUUUGACUCCAUAUGCUCCUGAGAAGGCUUUCUUAAAAUUAUUUAACAUACAUUCAAGAGGUGUAUUUUCCCCCUUUGAACCUCCAACUCCCAUUGUAUGGCCCUGUGAAGUAUCCACUCAGUCACUCACACACACGCUUCGUGGGGAUCCUUGCCCGGAUGAAGUCGCCUUACCGGGAACCGAGUACUACCCACUCCACACUCAGGUCAGCUACAAAUUGUACUUUCUCACACAUACAAUGCGCUGGAUACUUCACCACACUCUACCUCCCAAUCUUUCCCUUUUCCCUCCACCAGACCACCAUCUGAUGUACCCAACCACCUAGCGUACUCAGUUCCCCCUUACUGAGACGCAGAAGUUUGAUCAAGACUUCUCUUCCUCCCAAUUAAUUGGAGGGCCACAACCCCUUUGUGCACUUACCCUUAGCUGGUUCCCUGUUUAUUUCUCUGGUUACCCCCGGUCCGUCGCCGCCAGUGAGCAGGGUAUCAGACAGACGAGACUUCUGCGUUCCCCUGGAAAAAUGUUCCAGUGCGCGCUGGGUAAGCGGUCAGUGGUCCUCCCUCUUGUACCCUGCCCGCUAGGGCGAAGGGGCUGCGUUCCAGCAGACCACUUAUCCGAGUCACAGAGGCACCAUAAAAUGUAGCACCCUGCUUGUGGUUAACGCUUAGCUGGAAUGAAAUAUUCAACGCAGCAAUAGAGAAAUUAAAAUAAUAAUUUAUUUGUCAGACAAAUAAAUGAGAGACACAGUGGUAUAUGGAUACCAAAGCUCUGCCUACUCCAGCCCUGAUGGCCAGCACUUAUAUUUCCUCAGCCCAGCCCCCUUGCUCCUCCUUUGGCUGCCUCUGUCCAAUCAGCCUGGUUGAAAUUCCUAUUGGUUGUUUGCUAGAACCAAUCAUAAAAGAUACACCCAUUUCCUAUUCCCUUUUAUGGGAGACAAAAAGCUAUAUUUCCUUGUAUCCAUAAAUGGCAGACAAGUAGCCAUAUAUCUUACAUUUACCUCGACCAGGCACCUCAAUUACCAGAUAACCUUUGGCCCCUGUUGCCCUAUUCACCGCAAACCAGAUGGCUAAAGCAGAUGGUGCAUGGUUUCUAAUUUUUUUAUCUUAAAGAGAUCUUGAGUUCACCUUCUCACCCACCAUAAUAGGAAUCUAACAUAAGAAUCUAACAUUUCUUACUUUCUAAAUCCUUUGCAUAAUCACAUUUAAGCCAAUAUAUUUCAUACAUAACAUAGAUAGAUUUUUAGAAGGAAAGGCCUUUUCAAAUUAGAAGGAACUUAGUAAAUUCUCUGAAGCUUCAAAACAGUUUGGAGAGAGGCCUUUUUCCCUAACCAGCAGCUGUUUCUAAGAGCAACCUCUUCCAUUUAACCUUUAACCUUAUGGCUCGAGUCUUCUGUUAAACAAUAAAUUUCACUAUUUACCAGUUCUUAAUUGUGUUUUUACAGCUUGAUUGUAUUCUGGUCAGUGUGACCUUUUGCUCUCUGGCUCUAAUUUCCUUUUACAACCUUGAAAUACUUUUAUUUAUAGCAGUGGGGCCCCUUGAACAGCUGCCGGAGUAUUCAGCUGCUCUUCUCCCUUGCAGAGAAAAAUAUAUUUACAAAUAUAAUUUUUUUAAGCUCAAAGCAGAUUUUGAUCAGAUGCCUCAGCAGGAGGCGUUUCUGUGUCCCUGGAAGCAUCAUAAACCAUUUCAUGUAUUGCAAUGUGGAGGGUGUCUGUCGUAGUUUAUUUAUUUAUUUAUUAUUAAUUAAAUUCGCAUCCCGCCCUAUACCAGUAGGUCUCUGGGCAGCUUGCAACACAAAAUUGCAGUAUUUACAAUAAUAAUAAUUAAUAAUAAUAAUAAUAAUAAUAUAACAACAACAAUAAUAACAACAAUAAUAGAAGUAAUGAUUUUAUUAUUAUUAAUAACUCAUCUAGCUGGGUUUCUCCAGCCACUCUGGGUGGCUCCCAACAGAAUUAAAAGCACAAUAGAACAUUAUAAACUUCCCUAAACUUCAUUUACUGCAUGUGAUGUCUAUGGUUCUCCCUCUCCUCUCUCCACCCCCACAACGACCCUGUGAGGGAGGCCAGGCUGAGGGGGGGGGCUGGCCAGGGACACCCAGGAGACUCAAGGCCCAGGGGGGAUUUGAACCCGGGACCCAGUCCAAUGCUGGACUACAUUAGAGUGGGGGGCUGCAAGGGGGAAUAGGCAGCCUUUCAGGGGGAGGAGAGAGAGCACAUUUCAAGCAGAAACCCAGAACAUUAUUAAAGUACAAAAUGAUGUUAUUUGGACAUCACUCAAUUAAUAAUUGUGACGCCUUAGCAUGUCAUUUCUUGCACUCCUGACAUGGAUUCAGGUCAGGCUGCCAUAUGUCCAGGUUUUCCAGGGAAUCGAGGUGUUUAAAUCGGGGGGGGGGGUGUUUAGAAAUUAACCCCACAGUCUCAAAAUCACACACAUUCAGGAUUAAAUAAUAAUUAUUAUAAACAUGGUCCAUUUCCUUCCCACCCACUCAUUACUAUUUUCAGCUACAAGGCUCCCCUCCAACUCCCCCCCCCCCGUUCUCCAGGAGUCAUCCCUAAAUCAAAAGUAUAUUGAAAGGAAAGUUAUUAUAAUCACUUGGGGGGUGUGUGGAUUUGCAUAACAUAUGCUCUAUAUCAGGGAUGUCUAACAGGUAGAUCACGGGGGGUGGGGUCCUGUGGUCUGCGCCCCCCCCCCAAAGCUCAACAACUUUGGCUUCCUAAAAAAAGCCCAACAACUUUGGUAGAUCACAGCCAGGUUUUUUAUAUUCAGAGUAAAUCUCAGUCUCUUGAAAGUUGGACAUGCCUGCUCCAUAUCACAUACAGAUUGAUGUGCUGUUUUUCAGUUGGAGUGAAGGGCCCCAAAAUAAAUUGGUAGUCUCUCUCUCUCUCUCUCUCUCUCUCUCUCUCUCUCACACACACACACACACACAUACACAGACAGAUGUCUGACAGGUGAAGCUUUCCCAAUAAUUGCAUUUCUACAGGAGAAAAGGGCUUAACCUGUUGAAUUUCUGCCUUCCACUCAGCUCUAAAAGGCACAAGAACCUCAGCUGUCUUUGUGCAAUUCCCAUCAUCCCUAGCGAGCAGGACCAGUGGUCAGGGAGGAUGGGAAUUGUAGUCCAGAAAGAGUUGGCAACCCAAGUGUGGGAAACACUGAGGAGACCAUUGUACUGUAAGUUAAGGAUACUGUGCAGUGAAUUCUGAAGAUCAUCCUGUUUGCUAGGAAAAAAGGAAGGACAAACUCCUGAGAUUCCCAGGACUCGGAAAUGAGACAGAAGGAUGGAAAGUGUCCUAGGAAGGGGAGGGGCAUCCCAGGAACCCCCAGUUUGCGGAAUGCGCAGCCUGACACUGGGGAAACUGGGCUGACUUUGGGUAGAUUGGGGGGAGGGUCAGAGAUCCCACUGGUGGGAGUGGGAAGUUGGGGGCUGGGAGCGUAGGAUUGACUGACUGUCCCAGUGUCAAAUCUAGGCUUUCUGUCACCUGAGGCAAAGACCUGGUUUUGUCACACCCCCCCCAUGUGCAUUUGCAUACACACACAAAACUUGACACAUUUGUUCAUAAAGGGCAUAAAAAGAGGUUUGAAAGAGGCUGGAAAAGAGAAAUAGUCUCUCCAAAUAGUAACAUUGUCUGUGUGGCUUUCAUUCAACCUUAAGAAGAUCUCCUUAGAGAGUAGUAGAUAAUUUGAGGAAUUCUAAAGAAUAUCAUGACUGUAAAUAAUAUUACUACUACUAAUAAUAAAUAAUAAAUAAUAAAUAAUAAAUAAUAGAAACUGUGAUAAUGAUCAGGCACAUAAGUAAAGAUAAAGGGACCCCUGACCAUGAGGUCCAGUCGUGGCCGACUCUGGGGUUGCGGCGCUCAUCUCGCUUUAUUGGUCGAGGGAGCCGGCGUACAGCUUCCGGGUCAUGUGGCCAGCAUGACUAAGCCGCUUCUGGCGAACCAGAGCAGCGCACAGAAAUGCUGUUUACCUUCCCACCGGAGUGGUACCUAUUUAUCUACCUGCACUUUGACGUGCUUUUGAACUGCUAGGUUGGCAGUGAUAAUGAUUAGGCACAUACCAGAGGGUAAGUCCUACUGAACUCAGUGGUAUACUUCUGAGUAAAAAUGCUGAAGAUUGCAGUAUAAGACUGCAGAAUCUUUACACAGUUAUCUCGGAGUAAGCUCCAUUGAAUUCAGUGGGACUUCUGAGUAGUAAAGGCAGUUUAAGGCUCUAAAGAAUAAAAUAAAAGAAUAAAUACUCCACAAGAUUCCUUUAAAAAUUGCUGGCUGCUGAACCAUUGCAAUUAAAGAAUUUAAAGUGGAUUGGCUACAUUUUCCUUCCAAAUUGCAGGAAGGGAUAAACACAAAGUGCUUCAUAUGCCAGCAUCACAUUUCAUUCAUUGCAGGAAUUUUAUUUUCACUAUAAAGAGGACUCAGUUUUUGUAGCUGAUUGUAGGCAGCAGUGCCCUCUUUAUGUGUUCACAUGGUGUAAACAUGUAUGUUGUCUUCUGGAGAUCCAAAUAUUCUCUCAUACACACACACACACACACACACAAACACAAAAACACAAGCAAGCCAUACUCCAAAGGGCUUCUGUUCCCAAAAGGGCAGGAGGAGAUGUUCUGAUCUCUUCACCACUUCAAAUUCAUCUCUGAGACUUUAUUUUUUUUUUUUUAAAUAAUUUUUUAUUAAGAUUUUAAACAAAGAAAAAGAAAAACAACACAGACAAAGAAAAAAAACAAUACAAAAUUUAACAAUAAAAAGACAAAACAUACCAAUUAAAAACAAACUCUCUUUUCCGCUCCCAUUUUUAUAUUACUUAUUUUCUAGACUUCCUCAUACCUCCCUCUUUUGUAUUCCAAUCUACAUUAUUUGUCCAGCAGUUUCUUUUCCACUUUUUUAAACCCAAUCUUUAAUUUAAUAAAAUAUUAUAAUAUAUAACUUCAACUUUUUUUUUAAACAUAAUCCUUAUUCUAAUGUCAUAUACCUUUAAAUUUUUCCCUUUUAUUAUCAAAUUUCCAUUUCUUUAAACAUCCUUAAUCUUGAUCUUAAUCUAUCCUUAACUUUAACCUGUAUAGCUGGAAACCAUUUAUUUUCAAUCCAACAUCACUCUAACAUUCCUUAAUUUUGCAAUGUUUCUGAAGAUAGUCUUUGAAUUUCUUCCAAUCUUCCUCCAUCGACUCUUCUCCCUGGUCACGGAUUCUGCCAGUCAUUUCCGCCAAUUCCAUAUAGUCCAUAAGUUUCAUCUGCCAUUCCUCCAGUGUGGGAAGUUCUUGUGUCUUCCAAUACUUUGCGAUGAGUAUUCUUGCUGCUGUUGUUGCAUACAUAAAGAAAGUUCUAUCCUUUUUUAACACCUUUUGGCCCACUAUGCCCUGGCGAAAGGCGUGUGGUUUCUUGGGGAGGUAUACUUAAAUACCUUUUUUAAUUCAUUAUAUAUCAUUUCCCAGAAAGCCUUAAUCUUUGGGCACGUCCACCAAAGGUGAAAAAAUGUACCUUCAGUUUCUUUACAUUUCCAACAUUUGUUAUCGGGCAAGUGAUAGAUUUUUGCAAGCUUGACUGGGGUUAUGUACCACCUAUAUAUCAUUUUCAUAAUAUUCUCUCUUAAGGCAUUACAUGCCGUAAAUUUCAUACCAGUGGUCCAUAACUGUUCCCAGUCAGCAAACAUAAUGUUAUAUCCUACGUCCUGUGCCCAUUUAAUCAUAGCCGAUUUUACCGUUUCAUCUUGAGUAUUCCAUUUCAGCAGCAAGUUAUACAUUCUUGACAGAUUCUUAGUAUUGGGUUCUAACAAUUCUGUUUCUAAUUUUGAUUUUUCCACCUGGAAGCCAAUUUUCCUGUCUAAUUUAAAUGCCUCCAUUAUUUGAUAAUAAUGAAGCCAGUCUCGCACUUUGUUUUUAGUUUUUCAAAACUCUGCAAUUUCAGUCUAUCUCCGUCUUGUUCCAAAAUUUCCCAAUAUUUCGGCCAUUUGACCUCCAUAUUGACCCUUUUCAAGGCUUUCGCUUCCAUUGGUGACAGCCACCUUGGGGUUUUAUUUUCUAGCAAAUCCUUAUAUCUUAUCCAAACAUUAAAUAGCGCUUUCCUGACAAUGUGGUUUUUAAAUGCUUUGUGUGCUUUGACCUUAUCAUACCAUAAAUAUGCAUGCCAUCCAAAUACAUUAUUAAAACCUUCCAAAUCCAAAAUGUCAGUGUUUUCAAGAAGUAGCCAUUCUUUCAACCAGCAAAAAGCUGCUGAUUCAUAAUAAAGUUUGAGGUCUGGCAGGGCAAAUCCACCUCUUUCCUUUGCAUCUGUUAGAAUUUUAAAUUUUAUUCUAGGUUUCUUGCCCUGCCAGACAAAUUUAGAAAUAUCUUUCUGCCACCUCUUGAAACAGUCCAUUUUGUCCACAAUCUGCAAAGUUUGAAACAAAAACAACAUUCUAGGCAAUACAUUCAUUUUUAUCGCAGCAAUACGGCCUAGCAGUGAAAGCUUCAGGUUUGACCAAAUUUCUAAAUCUUUUUCACUUCUGACCAACAUUUUUCAUAGUUAUCUUUAAAUAAAUUCCCAUUUUUUGCUGUCAUGUUAAUCCCCAAGUAUUUAACUUUCUUAACCACUGUUAACCCUGUCUCAUUCUGAAACCUCUCUCUUUCAAAAGAUGUUAAAUUUUUCUCUAAAACCUUAGUUUUUGAUUUGUUCAAUUUAAAUCCUGCCACUUGACCAAAUUCUUGAAUCAGUUCUAAAACCCUUUUUGUACUAGAUUCUGGCUCCUGUAACGUCAGUACUAAGUCAUCUGCAAAUGCUCUCAAUUUAUAGUGUUUAGUUCCGACCUGUAUACCUUUAACCAACUGGUCCCUUCUAAUCAUGUUCAGCAACACCUCCAGGACCGAAAUAAAGAGGGGAAAUUGGGCAACCUUGUCGUGUCCCUUUUUCAAUUUUAAGUUCUUCCGUCACAACGUUAUUUACAAUUAAUUUAGCCUUUUGUUCUGAAUAAAUUGCACUUAUACCAUUCUCAAAACCUUGGCCUACCCCCAUACCCUGAAGAUUCUUCUUCAUAAAAUUCCAAGAAAUAUUGUCAAAGGCUUUCUCCGCAUCUACAAAUAUCAACACUGCUUUAGUGUUUAUAUUCACUUCUAAUUUUUCCAAAAUAUCAAUUAUAUUCCUCAGAUUAUCAGACAAGUGUCUUCUUGGGAGAAAGCCCGCUUGGUCCUUAUGAAUCUCUUCCAACAGCACUUUUUUAAAUCUCUUCGCCAAAAUAUCUGCAAAAAUUUUGUAAUCCACAUUAAGUAAUGAUAUUGGGCGGUAGUUCUUUAGUUGUGUCUUUUCAGCCUCUGUUUUUGGUACAAGUGUAAUAUAUGCUUCUUUCCACGACUCUGGUGCCCUCCUCCCCUCCAUUAUUUCGUUGCAGACCUCUUUCAAUGGUUGAAUUAACCAGUCUUUUAAGGAUCUGUAGUAUCUAGAGGUCAAACCGUCUGGGCCUGGAGAUUUACCCAGUUGCAUAUUUUGAAUGGCACCUUCUAUUUCCUGUUCCGUUAUUCUAUCAUUCAAAAUUAGUCUCUUUUCUUGAGAUAUUUUUGUAAUCCAUUUGUUUUCAAAAAUUGAUCUAAGUCUGUUUCUUUCACGGGCCCUUGAGUGUAUAGUCUUUUAAAAUACUUCUGGAAACAACUUCUAAUUUCUGCAGGGUUCUGUAUAUUCCUUCCAUCCACUUCUAAAUUCGUAAUCGUAUUUAAUUUUUGUCUCUUUUUCAUUUGCCAUGCCAACAGUUUACCACAUUUAUUAGCCGAUUCAAAAGUCUUUUGUCUCAUUUGUUUAAUUUUCCAUUCUAUUUCCUGAUUCAUUAUUUUCAUAUAUUGUACUUGAUAUAACUUUAACUCUCUCAGAGUCUCUUGAGAUUUGGGAUUUACUCGCAAUCUUUUUCGCAUUCAUUCAUUUUAUUCAUAAUUUUAUCCUUCUUCUCAUUUUGAGUUCUUUUCUUUAUCACAUUCUGUUGUAUUAAGAACCCUCUCAUCACAGCUUUACUUGCAUCCCAGAUUACUCUUUUCUCCACGUUGGAACUAAGAUUUAUCUCAAAGUAGUCUUUUAAAGUUUUUUGGGCCUUCUUAAGAAAUUCUUCAUCUCUAAAUAAGGUGUCAUUCAUCUUCCAUCUGAAGGAGCCAGUUGGCAUUAGUCUCAUUUCCAUCUUAACAGCAUUAUGGUCGGAGCAAAUUUUUGGGCAGAUUUCCACCUUUUUUGUUUUUGCUGCCAUUCCUCUAGUUAUCCAGAUUUGGUCAAUUCUUGUCCAAGUCAUUUUGGCUUCAGAAGAGAAAGUUCCUUCUUUUACCAAGGGGUUUCUAAUUCUCCAAAUAUCCACUAAAUCCAAGUUGUCUGUCAUAUCAAAAAAGGUUCUCGGUAGUCUACCAUCUUUGGUGACUACCUGUUUUUGUGCCUUGUCCAUGUAAGUAGAUACCACUCCAUUCAUAUCUCCCAUCAAAAUUAUGUUGUAAUCCAUAUGGUCCAUCAAGGUCUCAUGCAACUUCUUAAAAAAAUCGGAUUUCCCAUCAUUUGGUGCGUAAACUCCUACGAUCAAAAAUUUUUAUUAUAAACAUGGUCCAUUUCCUUCCCACCCACUCAUUACUAUUUUCAGCCACAAGGCUCCCCUCCAACUCCCCCCCCCCCCCCGUUCUCCAGGGAUCAUCCCUAAAUCAAAAGUAUAUUGAAAGGAAAAUUACUAUAAUCACUUGGGGGGUGCUUGUGGAUUUGCAUAACAUCUGCUCUAUAUCACACACAAAUUGAUGUGCUGUUUUUCAGUUGGAGUGAAGGGCCCAUAAAUAAAUUGGUGGUCUCUCUCUCUCUCUCUCUCUCUCUCUCUCUCACACACACACACACACACACACACACACACACACACAGAUGUCUGACAGGUGAAGCUUUCCCUAUAAUUGCAUUUCCACAGGAGAAAAGGGCUUACCUGUUGAAUUUCUGCCUUCCACUCAGCUCUAAAAGGCACAAGAACCUCAGCUGUUCUUGUGCAAUUCCCAUCAUCCCUGGCGAGCAGGACCAGUGGUCAGGGAGGAUGGGAAUUGUAGUCCAGAAAGACUUGGCAACCCAAGUGUGGGAAACACUGAGGAGACCAUUGUAGUGUUAAGUGAAGGAUACUGUGCAGUGAAUUCUGAAGAUCAUCCUGUUUGCCAGGAAAAAAGGAAGGACAAAUUCUGAGAUUCCCAGGACUGGGAAAUGAGACAGAAGGAUGGAAAGUGUCCUAGGAAGGGGAGGGGCAUCCCAGGAACCCCUAGUUUGCGGAAUGCGCAGCCUGACACUGGGGAAACUGGGCUGACUUUGGGUAGAUUGGGGGGAGGGUCAGAGAUCCCACUGGUGGGAGUGGGAAGUUGGGGGCUGGGAGCGUAGGAUUGACUGACUGUUCCGGGCGGGGGCCCAACCUGGGCUUUCUGUCACCCGGGCAAAGACCCAGUUUUGUCACACACACCCCAUGUGUAUUUGCAUACACACACAAAACUUGACACAUUUGUUCAUAAAGGGCAUAAAAAGAGGCUGGAGAAGAGAUAGUCUCUCCAAAUAGUAAAAUUGUCUGUGUGUGUAUCUGGCUUUCAUUCACCCUUAAGUAGAUCUCCUCAGAGAGUAGUAGAUAAUUUGAGGAAUUCUAAGGAAUAUCAUGACUGUAAAGAAUAAUAAUAAUAAUAAUAAUAAUAAUAAUAAUAAUAAUAAUAAUAAAUAGACUGUGACAGUGAUCAGGCACAGAAGUAAAGGUAAAGGGACCCCUGACCAUUAGUCGUGGCCGACUCUGGGGUUGUGGCGCUCAUCUUGCUUUAUUGGCUGAGGGAGCCGGCGUACAGCUUCCGGGUCAUGUGGCCAGCAUGACUAAGCCGCUUCUGGCGAACCAGAGCAGCGCACGGAAAUGCCGUUUACCUUCCCGCCAGAGCGGUACCUAUUUAUCUACUUGCACUUUGAUGUGCUUUCAAACUGCUAGGUUGGCAGUGAUAAUGAUCAGGCACAUACCAGAGAGUAAGUCCUACUGAACUCAGUGGUAUACUUCUGAGUAAAAAUGCUUGAUUGCAGUAUAAGACUGCAGAAUCUUUACACAGUUAUCUCGGAGUAAGCUCCAUUGAAUUCAGUGGGACUUCUGAGUAGUAAAGGCAGUUUAAGGCUGUGGUCAGAGAAAGCCCCCCCCCCCUGCAAGCUGGAAGCCUCAGUUGCGCCCCUCUAGAGGCUUCACCCUGGCUAGCCCCCUCCCCCCUUAACUAUGGCCUCUCCUCCCUCCCUUGAAGCCUCCAGGUCCCUCCCUGCCUAAAUCUCUGACCUCCCUCCCACAUCUCCCUUGCCUCCCUCCCACAGUCCAGCCCAAGGUGAAGAUCACCCCCACAGACAACGUUGAAUCUUCACCACACAACACUCUGCUGAUUUGCACCGUGAACCGCUUCUUCCCUGCGGGGAUCGAGAUCAAGUGGUUCAGGACGGGAAGGAGGAGCCCAAAGUGUGGACCACGGACCUCAUCCGGAACGGGGACUGGACCUUCCAUAUUGAGGUGA